AUGGCAGCAGAGAAGGCUCGAUUCUAUUUGGAAAAGGCUGUGCCUGAGCUCAAGGAGUACGAACAAAAAGGCAUUUUCAACAAGGAUGAAAUUCGAUCAAUUGCUAAGAAGCGCUCCGACUUUGAGCACAAAGUCAACACUCCCGGAGUAACAGAAUCAGACUUUGUCCGUUACAUCGAAUAUGAAAUGAACUUGGAGGCCCUACGGAAGAAACGUACGAAAAGAUUCGGCAUCAAAGCCACACCACAACAUGCCGGACGCCGUGUUUUAUUUAUACUCGAUCGUGCCACGCGCAAAUUACCUGGAAGCUUGGGACUCUGGAUACAGUACAUCGAGUACUGCCGACGACAAAAGAUGUACCGAAGACUGUCCGAUGUCUUUUCCGAUGCGUUGCGACUCCAUCCUGCCAACGCUGAUUUGUGGGUUUAUGCUGCCAAAUACGCAAUGGAAGACCAUGCCGAUAUGACCCAGGCGCGAAGCUAUUUCCAGCGUGGUCUCCGAUUUUGUAAGAGCCAAAGGAAUAUCUGGGUUCAAUAUGGACGGUUGGAAUGCAUUUACAUUGCCAAGCUCUUCGCUCGUCGACGGAUAUUGGGACUGGAUGAAUCUGGGAAGAAUGCCGAGGUGGCUGGUACAGCAGCGGAUGAUGAUACAGAUAUGAUUGCUCUGCCGGCAAUCACCGAAGAGGACAUCAACCCUACGGGCAAGAAGGACGGCGAAAUAGACGAAGGAGCAUUGGAAACACUGAACUCGACACCAGCUUUGACCGGUGCUAUUCCAAUCGCGAUUUAUGAUGCAGCCAUGAAAGAGUCGGGCCACAACAUCAUUUUGUCCCACGAAUUCUUCAAUAUGGUAUUUGAAUUUGAGGAUCUUCCGUGCUUGCGCAAGAUCCUAGACCAUAUCGUGACGCAGCAAACCACGAAAUCGCCUCUCCAUUAUCGCACAGCUAUUUGCCAUAUCAAAGCACCGGUAGCAGGACUGAAGGUCACCUCGCCAGAGUUCCCACAAGCACUUGGCAUAUCUCUUAGCAACAUGAAGAAGUAUCAACUGGAUCCCAACCUAGCACAAGAACUGAUCAAGUGGCUCGAGCCAUUGUCGGAGAAAGAAGAGUUGGAUCCUGCACUCCACAAAGUGCUUGAAAUAACGUUGGCUCGCGCACGAAAGACUCCCAUCUAA